CAAUCGUUCAACUAACCCGUAGUUUACUGUCGUCAUGCCCCCAUAUCAUGGGUCGUCCCCAUUAAACUGCGAUAUCGAUUUCUCCAAAGACCCAAUCGCUGGAAAAGUUGCCAUAGUCACUGGAGGUGCCAGUGGCAUUGGGGAGGCUUAUGUACGUGCCCUGCACAACUCAGGAGCGAAAGUUGUAAUCGGCGAUAAGAAUGCUGACUCUGGCGAGAGAUUGGCCUCUGAAUUGACCGGCUCCAAGUUCGUCCAGUGCGAUGCAACCGUUUGGGAAGAUCAAAUUCACUUGUUCAAGGAGGCUACUCAGCUAUCUUCGUCUGGGAAGAUUCACUACGUGAUAGCCAAUGCAGGGAUGACGAAAGACGACCAGACCUUCACUUUCGACGGUAAGAGCUCUUUACCUACGAAGCCAAACUUGCAGAUCAUCGAUGUGAACCUGAAGGGGGCACUUUAUACCACCAAACUGGCCAUGCACUAUUUUGUGUCUCAGAACGGUACCGAAGUCAACGAGGAGCAAGAAGAUACGUGCUUGAUCCUCAUCAGUUCAGGCGCUGGCUUUCUUGACGUUCCUAGAUCUCCCGAGUACAGCAGCACGAAGUGGGCGGUCCGCGGAAUAAUGCAUGCUUUGCGAAGGACGGCUUUUUACUACGGGAGCAGAGUGAAUAUCAUUGCACCCUGGUAUAUACGCACAGGUAUUCUCUCCAACGACCAGUUCGAUCAAGUUGAGAAAUCAGGAGUCGAGUUCGCAACAGCUGAAGAUGCUGGUGAAUGCGCGUUAAGGAUCCUUUCUGAUACCAAUAUUAAUGGAAGGACGCUCUUUGUCUGCGCGCGAAAAUGGGCUCCUCGGGGAUACAUCGAUCUUAAUAUCGAGGAUUAUCCUGAAAGUUUGAUCCAGGAAAUACAGGAGGAUCAAAUGCGUAACGCACCAGUUGACCUUGGGCUGUUUCCAUGA